CUGACAUCCACCUGACUGGACAUACUGCAGGUCAUAACUGAAGACAGCUAUAUAAGACUACAUCCCUGACACAGCCCGGCAUUACCUACAGGUGUUUAUACCUCCGACUUCAUCACAAACACCAACAAAGUCAGUAUGAAGCUGCUGCUGGUUGUUGCUGCUGCUCUGGCCGUGGCCAGCUGUGCCAGUAUCUCCCUGGAGGACCUGGAGUUCCAUGCCUGGAAGCUCCAGUUUGGAAGGACCUACAGCUCUCCAUCAGAGGAGACUCACCGCAAGCAAAUCUGGCUCAACAACCGCAGAGUGGUGCUGGUGCACAACAUCAUGGCCGACCAGGGCAUCAAGUCCUACCGCCUUGGCAUGACCUACUUUGCUGACAUGCAAAAUGAGGAGUACAAACGCCUGAUCUCCCAGGGCUGCUUGGGUGCCUUUAACGCCUCUCAGCCUCGCCGUGGCUCCACUUUCUUCCAACUGCCUGAAUUAAGCGACCUGCCCAACACUGUUGACUGGAGAGACAAGGGAUACGUCACUGACAUCAAGGAUCAGAAGCAGUGUGGCUCCUGCUGGGCCUUCAGUGCUACUGGCUCCCUGGAAGGUCAGCAUUUCAGGAAGACAGGAAAGCUGGUGUCUCUGAGCGAGCAGCAGCUGGUUGACUGCUCUGGUGACUAUGGUAACAUGGGUUGCAGCGGAGGCUUGAUGGACCAAGCUUUCCAGUACAUCAAGGCUAACGGAGGCAUCGACACAGAGGACUCCUACCCUUAUGAAGCUGAGGAUGAUCAGUGCCGCUACAACCCUGCCAACAUUGGAGCCACAUGCACAGGCUACGUGGAUGUGAAAGAAGGUGAUGAAGAUGCCCUGAAGGAAGCUGUGGCCACCAUUGGGCCUGUGUCUGUUGGCAUUGAUGCCUCCCAGGAGUCCUUCCAGCUCUAUGAAUCAGGAGUGUAUGAUGAGCCAGGCUGCAGCAGCACAGAGCUGGAUCAUGGUGUCCUGGCUGUGGGCUAUGGCUCUGACGGUGGAAAGGAUUACUGGCUGGUCAAGAACAGCUGGGGCCUGAGCUGGGGAACUAAGGGAUACAUCAUGAUGUCCAGGAACAAAGACAACCAGUGUGGCAUUGCAACUGCAGCCAGCUACCCUCUUGUCUGAGCAGGUCCAAGACUUCCUUCAGUGAGGAGGAGAACAGUGGUGCAUAAUUUACUGUAAUUUCAUUAAAGAAACUGACUAAUAGAAGAACCAAACGUCCGUGUAAGUUAGGAGUGUGCAGUCUGUGUGAGCGCUGAUGCACUUUAAAUAAAAUUACUUUUUUAUGAGGAGUGUAAAUAAUUGUAAAGAAAUAAAAUGUUUGACAUAAAAA